UAAUUUAUUGAUUGUAUUGCCACUGGCCCACUGCUGAAGGCCGGCUUGGACUUUACAACUAUUUUUUUCCUUUUAAAAUUAGUAUUGAUCUGAAAGAGGGUCAUAAUCUUUGAAACUUGAAAAUUAAUAUGAAUAAACAAAAGGAAACUGAUAAAAUAAUAUAGAUAGAACCAAAGUUGACUAGAAACCAAGAACAGAGGGCUGUGUAUCAUUACAGUUUAUCUGCAACAAAUAGCAUAAUUAUGAGAGUUCAGCUGAAAAAAAUGAAGUGCUUGAACUAUUUAUGGCUGAGUAUUACAUUAUUAGGAUUAGUACAUUUUCCAGUGGCUCACUCCAGAGGCAGCCAUGGUGGAGAUGGAGAUGGAGUUCAGCCACUGUCUAAGAUUGCUAUCCACAGAGCUGUUUAUGAGCUUCAUGAAAACGCGUCUGUCAAAACACUACCACUUGUUCUUGGCACCAAGGGGGAAGAUUUUCAAUGGAUCGAUGUCAAAUUUGAAUCACCUAAUCCUAGUGAUGAUGAUUGGAUUGCUGUGUUUUCUCCAGCAAAUUUCAAGUUUUGUCUUCUUUGUUUGACUUUUUUUGUUGUUUUGUUACUUUCUUGUAAGGCUCAUUGUAAAUUAUUGAUUUGUUUGUUCUAUUAUGGCAGCUCCUCUACCUGUCCAGCUACAGACAUUAUGGAAGAAGCUCCAUAUAUAUGUUCGGCUCCAAUUAAGUACAAGUUUGCAAAUGAUUCCAACACUGAUUAUGCCAAGACAGGUAAGGCCAAUUUGAAGUUUCGGUUGAUCAAUCAAAGAGAAGAUUUCUCCUUCGCAUUGUUCUCAGGCGGGUUAUCAAAUCCGAAAUUGGUCGCAGUUUCUAAUUCUAUAAGCUUUGCAAAUCCAAAGGCCCCCCUUUAUCCUCGUCUUGCACAAGGGAAGUCUUGGAACGAAAUGUCAGUAACCUGGACUAGUGGCUAUGACAUUAAUGAAGCUGUACCCUUUGUCGAGUGGGGUUUCAAAGGAAGGCCUCAAAUUCAAUCACCAGCUGGAACAUUGACUUUUGGUCGAAACAGCAUGUGUGGCACACCAGCUCGAACAUUCGGUUGGCGUGAUCCUGGUUUCAUCCAUACAAGUUUUCUGAUGGAUUUGUGGCCUAACUCAAAGUACUCUUACAAGCUUGGACAUAUGUUACAUAAUGGUACCAUUAUCUGGAGCAAAACCUACUAUUUUAAAUCAUCCCCAUAUCCUGGACAAAAUUCAUUACAGCGUGUGGUUAUAUUUGGUGACAUGGGAAAAGCAGAGCGAGAUGGUUCAAAUGAGUACAGUAAUUAUCAACCAGGCUCACUUAACACCACAGAUCAAAUCAUCAAGGACUUGGACAACAUAGACAUAGUUUUCCACAUUGGAGAUAUUUCAUAUGCAAAUGGAUACAUCUCACAAUGGGACCAGUUCACAGCUCAAGUAGAGCCUAUUGCAUCAACUUUGCCAUAUAUGAUAGCAAGUGGAAAUCAUGAGCGUGAUGUACCGGGGUCAGGAUCAUUCUACGAUGGCAAUGAUUCAGGUGGCGAGUGUGGUGUGCUAGCUGAGAACAUGUUCUAUGUUCCUGCUGAGAACAGAGCCAAGUUCUGGUACUCAACAAAGUUUGGUAUGUUUCACUUCUGUAUAGCUGAUAGUGAACAUGACUGGAGAGAAGGUUCAGAACAGUACAAGUUCAUAGAGAAAUGCCUUGCCUCAGCAGAUAGGCAAAAACAGCCUUGGUUGAUCUUUGCAGCUCAUCGGGUUUUGGGUUAUUCUUCGUCUUACUGGAAAGAUGGGUCAUUUGGGGAGCCCAUGGGAAGGGAGAGCUUACAAAAGCUAUGGCAGAAGUACAAGGUGGACAUUGCUUUCUUUGGCCAUGUCCAUAAUUAUGAGAGGACUUGUCCCAUUUACCAGAAUCAAUGUAUGAAUAGUGAAAAAUCACAUUAUUCUGGUACAGUUAAUGGAACAAUUCACGUAGUGGUUGGAGGUGGUGGGAGUCACUUAACAAAAUUUGGGGAAACAGAACCAACAUGGAGUAUAUAUAGAGAUGUUGACUUUGGAUUUGUCAAACUUACAUCAUUCAACCAUUCAUGGCUAUUGUUUGAGUACAAGAAGAGCAGUGAUGGCAAUGUCUAUGAUUCCUUUACCAUCUCAAGAGACUAUAGAGAUGUUUUGGCUUGUGUUUAUGAUGGUUGUGAACCCACUACCUUAGCUUCAUGAACAAUUUCUUUUCUACAAAGAAAAAGAAUAAGUGAAAACUGAAAUUUAUUACUAUGUAAUGUUUUAUGUUGAAAAUAAGUUUUUCUUCUUCUUAUGAGGUAAGAAAAA